AGCGAGCGAGGUGGGAGGGACGGAGGCAGGGAGGCGUGCUGGGCCCGGGCGGCUGUAGAGGCGGUGGCGGCUGCGGGCAGUGGGAGGAGCCGCGCGGUUCCGGCUGCCCGGGCGAGGCGACCCUUGGGUCCGCGCCGCGGGCGAGGAGAACAGGUAGGGAAGCGGGCUGCCGCGGCUCUGGGAGAGGCUCAAGCAGCGGAGCCCCCCGGCGUGCCCCAGGCACCCUCGGCCUCUGGCGUUGAGGCGGGGGAGUAAGGAGAUGCCGACCCAGAGGGACAGCACUACCAUGUCUCACCCGAUCGCAGGCGGAGGCAGCGGGGACCAUUCUCACCAGGUCCGAGUGAAAGCCUACUAUCGCGGGGAUAUCAUGAUAACACAUUUUGAACCUUCAAUCUCCUUUGAGGGCCUUUGCAGUGAGGUUCGAGACAUGUGUUCUUUCGACAACGAGCAGCUUUUCACCAUGAAAUGGAUAGAUGAGGAAGGAGACCCGUGUACAGUAUCAUCUCAGUUGGAGUUAGAAGAAGCCUUUAGGCUUUAUGAGCUAAACAAGGAUUCUGAACUCUUGAUUCAUGUAUUUCCUUGUGUACCAGAACGUCCUGGAAUGCCCUGUCCAGGAGAAGAUAAAUCCAUCUACCGCAGAGGUGCACGCCGCUGGAGAAAGCUUUACUGUGCAAAUGGCCACACUUUUCAAGCCAAGCGUUUCAACAGGCGUGCCCACUGUGCCAUCUGUACUGACCGAAUCUGGGGACUUGGACGCCAGGGAUACAAGUGCAUCAACUGCAAACUCCUAGUUCAUAAGAAGUGCCACAAACUUGUCACAAUUGAAUGUGGGCGGCAUUCUUUGCCACCGGAACCAAUGAUGCACGGGGAUCAGUCAUCCAUGCACUCAGACCAUGCACAGACAGUAAUUCCAUAUAAUCCGUCAAGUCAUGAGAGUUUGGACCAAGUUGGUGAAGAAAAGGAGGCAAUGAACACCAGGGAAAGUGGCAAAGCUUCAUCUAGUCUAGGUCUUCAGGAUUUUGAUUUGCUCCGGGUAAUAGGAAGAGGAAGUUAUGCCAAAGUACUAUUGGUGCGGUUAAAAAAAACAGAUCGUAUUUAUGCAAUGAAAGUUGUAAAAAAAGAGCUUGUCAAUGAUGAUGAGGAUAUUGAUUGGGUACAAACAGAGAAGCAUGUUUUUGAGCAGGCAUCCAAUCAUCCUUUUCUUGUUGGGCUGCAUUCUUGCUUUCAGACAGAGAGCAGAUUGUUCUUUGUCAUCGAGUAUGUUAAUGGAGGAGAUCUAAUGUUUCAUAUGCAGCGACAAAGAAAACUUCCUGAAGAACAUGCCAGAUUUUACUCUGCAGAAAUCAGCCUGGCAUUAAAUUAUCUUCAUGAACGAGGGAUAAUUUAUAGAGAUUUGAAAUUGGACAAUGUCUUGCUGGACUCGGAAGGACACAUUAAACUCACUGACUACGGCAUGUGUAAGGAAGGAUUACGGCCAGGAGAUACAACCAGCACUUUCUGUGGUACUCCUAAUUACAUUGCUCCUGAAAUUUUAAGAGGAGAAGAUUACGGUUUCAGUGUCGACUGGUGGGCUCUUGGAGUACUAAUGUUUGAGAUGAUGGCAGGAAGGUCUCCAUUCGAUAUUGUCGGAAGCUCUGAUAACCCUGAUCAAAACACAGAGGAUUAUCUCUUCCAAGUUAUUUUGGAAAAACAAAUUCGCAUACCACGUUCUCUGUCUGUUAAAGCCGCAAGUGUCCUGAAGAGUUUUCUCAACAAGGACCCUAAGGAACGAUUGGGUUGUCAUCCUCAAACAGGAUUUGCUGAUAUUCAGGGACACCCAUUCUUCCGAAAUGUUGACUGGGAUAUGAUGGAGCAAAAGCAGGUGGUACCUCCCUUUAAACCAAAUAUUUCUGGGGAAUUUGGUUUGGACAACUUCGAUUCUCAGUUUACUAAUGAACCUGUCCAGCUCACUCCAGAUGAUGAUGAUAUUGUGAGGAAGAUUGACCAGUCUGAAUUUGAAGGUUUCGAGUAUAUCAAUCCUCUUUUGAUGUCUGCAGAAGAAUGCGUCUGAUCCUCAUUUUACAACUUGCAUUUGCCUGUGUUGCCAUUUAAUGCAUGGAAAAGUUGUUACCAGCCUGGAUACAAUGAACCAUUUUAUAUUUGCCACCUACAAAAAAGCACUUCAGUAUCUUCUGUUAUUGACUGUAAGAGUCAAUUAUUACAUCUAAGUUUAACUAUGAAAAAAAAAUUAAGACUAGUUUCCAGAUAAUUGUGUCAAAAUUUAGUUAUACUGGUAAUCUAGCAGCCUACUGAUGAGUAACGAAGUGGUCUUUUUUGUUUGAAGGAAAUACCACUGCUUCUAAAAUGUGUCCGUUGCGUAAGGCACGUGGUGGGAUUACAUCACAAGCCUCCCAUGAUUUUUGUCAUUCUUAAGUCAUUUAAGUGUUUAAUUUUGGAAUAAAAGGUUAAUUCAAAAUAUGACAACUUGUUAUAUUAUCUAUUAUUUUCUGAAUUCUUUGUGUUUAAAAAUGCAGCUGUAAAGUUUAUCAUUGCCUUGGAUAAUUAUUGAUUUUUAAGGCAACAGUUAUAAAAUUGGUAGUAAAAGUCGUUGCUUGCUUAGAAUUAGGGAACACAGAUACUUCUUGAGGAAGAAAAAUAGGCAUAUUUUAUUAAGAAUUAGAUUCCAAAUCAUUAACUAUUUUUUAAAAACUGAUGAUACAAGUGAUUUCUUUAAAGUACUAAAGGGAUGGCUUCUGAGCUUCUCCCCUUAGUCAGAACUUUAACUGGAAUGUUAACAAAUGUAGUUCAAAGGCUUCAGAAUGCUGUUGAAUGGAAAAUUUCUCAGUAUGUAGAAAGGAAAAAAAUAGAAAUUUAAAAUAGAUACAGAAAAGUGCAAUGGUAAUAUUUAUUUCUUACUGGAAAGUAAAUCCCGCAGUUGCUUUUUGUGAUUUGAUUUAAAUAAUAAGGCACUCACUUGUUACCAGACUUGUAAAAACAUUCCAUUUAUCCAGUGGAGACAGAAUGUAUGCUAUUUUUUCCUUAUAAUUUAGUACACAGGAAAAGAACCUAUCUUCCACACAACGUGUUAACCAUGCUUAUUUCUUCCCCCAAAUCACAUUAUCCAUACUUUUGGACCCUGUUUGUGGAGUCCAGUGAAAGCCAAGAAAAAUAAUAAACAUGAAUAAAUGUUCAGGACAUACACAUACACUCUCACAUCACAGUUCCAGCUCCUUAACUGAGUUUUUGUUAAGUAGGUAACACAUGUAAUACAGAGUACAAUACAUUUCAAGGGCAGAGUUUUUCAGAUUACUUUUUAUUAAUAUUAGUAUUUAGCAAUGUAUUAUUUAACAGAAUGCCAGAGAUAGCAUUCUUCUAUUGUUUAAAUAUUUUUUUUAUGAAAAGGGACUUAAAAAGUAACCAUAAUCAUUUAAAUUACUUAAAAUUGCCCAAUCUUAGUAAAAUUUAAUUUUGGGGAAAGCUAUCUAGUCUUAAACUUAGCAUGAUUUAAAAUUUGUAGGCAUUUAAUAAAUUAUUUUUUUUUGGGGGGGGGAUGCCACAUUUCGUUAUAAAUGCAAUUUUCCCAAAGUUUCUGGCCAUAUACUCUCUUUUCUUCAACUAACUAAGUCUGAAAGCAAUGAAAACCUUAAAGGAAAAUGUUUCUAUACAUUUACAUGUUUAUUUAAGAGGUAUAUAUGUUUCUUUUAAUACCUGAAAUUUGUUUUAAAAGGAAAAAACAGGGUUCACUUCAAAUCAUAAAUUUACAGAAAAUUCUGAUAUCUUAUAUCAGAAAUAUGUUUAUGGUCUUGCUUUUAAGUGUUGAUGUUUCCCCUAGGGCAUUAGUUGUAAAAUUUUUAAAUGGAAUAAUCAAUCACUUAGGAGGUUUGUUUAAAAAGCACAUCACUGUCCUACCUUAGAAUUCCAUUGGGCCUUUGAAUUGAAUUGCAUUUCAAGAAACACUUUUGAGUUAUUCUUUUAUUUUGUCCUGUAGUUAAAUAUUAGAAAGAAUGUUCACAAUAAAACAUUUUGAGAAGGGGUAGGCAGUGAGUUACUAACUUACCUACAAUUUUGAAUAAAUUUGGAACAGUUGACUUCUUCAAGUUAGAUAUCUUUUCAAAAAAAAAUCCGUUAGUUUUCUAUAAUGUUACAAAUGAGCAUUUUUCUGGGAUGAGGUUUUAACCAUUAUUCAGGGUGGUCUUUUGUUUUUAAAUAUUUUUUUAACAAGAUUUACUGUGUAUAUUUUAUACAGAAUUGCAUUACAAAUAUGUUUUUAAUUGUGUUCUGUUUUUUGUAGUCUUUAAGUGCCAUGCCAAUUCUUUUUAUAUUAUAUACAAGUUCUCUCAAAAUACUCACCAGAGGAAUAAGGCAGUUAGUUGAUAGAAUGGUUGGAAUUUUGGUGUUCUAAAAAAAAUUUUAUUUUGUAUAAGCACGAGGUCAGAUCAUUUUAUGUGUAUGCAGCCUGAACUGGAUAUCAGGUAUUUUGCUUUGUACAUUUACUUUUUAAUUUUUGUUUUAACAUUUGUCAUGUAGAAUACUGCCUUGUAAUCUGUAUUUGUGUACCUUUCUUUUUACUUUAAAAUCUUUAAAUAAAAUGUUUAAUAUCCAUCAA